AUGGCGACCGUGGUGGUGGAAGCCGCCGAGCCGGAGCCGUCCGGCAGCAUCGCCAACCCGGCGGCGUCCACCUCGCCUAGCCUGUCGCAUCGCUUCCUCGACAGCAAGUUCUACCUGCUGGUGGUCGUCGGCGAAAUCGUGACCGAGGAGCACCUACGGCGCGCCAUCGGCAACAUCGAACUCGGAAUCCGAUCAUGGGACACCAACCUGAUUGAAUGCAACCUGGACCAAGAACUGAAACUUUUUGUGUCUCGACACUCUGCAAGAUUCUCUCCUGAAGUCCCAGGACAAAAGAUCCUUCAUCACCGAAGUGACGUUUUAGAAACAGUGGUCCUGAUCAACCCCUCAGAUGAAGCAGUCAGCACUGAGGUGCGCUUGAUGAUCACGGACGCUGCCCGACACAAGCUGCUCGUGCUGACCGGGCAGUGCUUUGAAAAUACCGGAGAGCUCAUUCUCCAGUCCGGCUCUUUCUCCUUCCAGAACUUCAUAGAGAUUUUCACUGAUCAAGAGAUUGGGGAAUUACUGAGUACCACCCAUCCUGCCAACAAAGCCAGCUUAACCCUGUUCUGUCCUGAAGAAGGGGACUGGAAGAACUCCAAUCUCGACAGACACAAUCUCCAAGACUUCAUCAAUAUUAAACUCAACUCAGCUUCUAUAUUGCCAGAAAUGGAAGGACUUUCCGAGUUUACCGAGUAUCUCUCAGAAUCAGUGGAAGUCCCAUCUCCCUUUGAUAUCCUAGAACCUCCCACAUCGGGCGGAUUCCUAAAGCUCUCCAAGCCUUGUUGUUACAUUUUUCCAGGAGGGAGGGGCGAUUCUGCAUUGUUUGCCGUGAAUGGAUUCAAUAUGCUCAUCAACGGAGGAUCAGAAAGGAAAUCCUGCUUCUGGAAGCUCAUCCGACACUUGGACCGAGUGGACUCCAUCCUACUCACCCACAUUGGGGAUGACAAUUUGCCUGGAAUAAACAGCAUGCUACAGCGGAAAAUUGCAGAGCUCGAGGAAGAACAGUCCCAGGGCUCCACCACAAAUAGUGACUGGAUGAAAAACCUCAUCUCCCCUGACUUAGGAGUUGUAUUUCUCAAUGUCCCUGAAAAUCUGAAAAAUCCAGAGCCAAACAUCAAGAUGAAGAGAAGCAUAGAAGAAGCUUGCUUCACUCUCCAGUACCUAAAUAAAUUGUCCAUGAAGCCAGAACCUCUUUUCAGAAGUGUAGGCAAUACCAUUGAUCCUGUCAUUCUUUUCCAAAAAAUGGGAGUUGGUAAACUUGAGAUGUACGUCCUUAACCCAGUCAAGAGCAGCAAGGAAAUGCAGUAUUUCAUGCAGCAGUGGACUGGCACCAACAAAGACAAGGCUGAACUAAUCCUGCCUAACGGUCAAGAAAUAGAUAUCCCAAUUUCCUACUUAACCUCAGUCUCCUCUUUGAUCGUGUGGCAUCCAGCAAACCCUGCAGAGAAAAUCAUCCGGGUCCUGUUUCCUGGCAAUAGCACCCAAUACAAUAUCCUGGAAGGACUGGAAAAGCUCAAACAUUUAGACUUUCUGAAACAGCCGCUGGCCACCCAGAAGGACCUAACUGGCCAGGUGGCGACUCCAGCAGUGAAACAAGUAAAACUGAAACAGAGAGCCGAUAGCCGAGAAAGUCUGAAGCCAGCUGCAAAGCCACUUCCUAGCAAAUCUGUCCGAAAGGAGUCUAAGGAAGAGACCCCCGAUGUUGCAAAAGCUAAUCAUGUGGAAAAGGCGCCCAAAGUUGAAAGCAAAGAAAAGGUGACAGUGAAAAAAGACAAGCCCGUAAAAACAGAGACCAAACCUCUAGUGACCGAAAAGGAGGUCCCCAGCAAAGAAGAGCUGCCUCCCGUGAAAGCUGAGGUGGCUGAAAAGCCCGCCACAGAUGUCAAACCCAAAGUCGCCAAGGAGAAGACGGUGAAAAAGGAAACAAAGGCAAAAUCUGAAGAAAAGAAAGAGGAGAAGGAGAAGCCAAAGAAAGAAGUGGCUAAAAAGGAGGACAAAACACCCAUCAAGAAGGAAGAAAAACCCAAAAAGGAAGAGGUGAAAAAGGAAGUGAAAAAAGAAAUCAAGAAAGAAGAGAAAAAAGAACCCAAGAAAGAGGUUAAGAAAGAAACCCCGCUGAAGGAAGCCAAGAAGGAGGUGAAGAAGGAAGAGAAGAAGGAAAUUAAAAAGGAAGAAAAAGAACCCAAAAAAGAAAUUAAGAAACUUCCUAAAGACACAAAGAAAACAUCUACUCCUCUAUCUGAAGCCAAAAAACCAGCUGCAUUAAAACCAAAAGUACCCAAGAAGGAAGAGGCAGUUAAAAAAGAUGCUGUUGCUGCUGGGAAGCCAAAGGAGAAGGGGAAGAUUAAAGUCGCUAAGAAGGAAGGCAAGACACCAGAGGCUGCGGCUGCAGCCAUUGGCUCUGUGGCCGCGGCUGCGGCUGUGGUGGCCGCAGCUGGAAUAGCAAGCGCCGGCCCUGCCAAAGAACUCGAGGCCGAGAGGUCCCUUAUGUCAUCCCCUGAGGAUCUGACCAAGGACUUUGAAGAGUUAAAGGCCGAAGAGGUCGAUGUGGCAAAAGACAUGAAGCCUCAGCUGGAGCUGAUCGAAGAUGAGGAGAAACUGAAGGAUACUGAGCCAGUUGAAGCCUAUGUCAUCCAGAAAGAGACCGAAGUCAUCAAAGGUCCCGCUGAGUCUCCCGAUGAGGGAAUCACCACCACCGAAGGGGAGGGCGAAUGUGAACAAACGCCCGAGGAGCUGGAGCCAGUUGAGAAGCAGGGGGUGGACGACAUUGAAAAAUUUGAAGAUGAAGGAGCCGGUUUUGAAGAAUCCUCAGAGACUGGAGACUAUGAGGAGAAGGCAGAAACUGAGGAGGCCGAGGAGCCGGAAGAGGACGUUGAAGAAAAUGUGUGUGUGAGCACCUCCAAGCACAGCCUCGUGGAGGAGGAGGAAAGUGCCAAGGCUGAGGCAGAUGUGCAUAUCAAGGAGAAGAGGGGGUCUCUGGCCAGUGGAGAUGACAGAGCAGAAGAAGACAUGGAUGAGGCAGUGGAGAAAGGAGAAGCUGAACUAUCUGAGGAGGAGGUUGAUGAAGAGGACAGAGCCGAGGAUGCCAGAGAGGAAGAAUAUGAGCCCGAAAAAGCUGAAGCUGAAGAUUACGUGAUGGCCGUGGUUGACAAGGCUGCGGAGGCUAGCGGUGUCGAGGAUCAGUAUGGAUUCCUUACCACAGCCAUCAAGCAACCAGGAGCCCAGUCUCCUGCCCGAGAACCUGCAUCUUCAAUUCAUGAUGAGACUUUACCUGGAGGCUCAGAGAGUGAGGCCACCGCUUCUGAUGAGGAGAAUCGAGAAGACCAGCCUGAAGAAUUCACUGCCACCUCUGGCUACACUCAGUCUACCAUUGAGAUAUCCAGCGAGCCCACCCCAAUGGAUGAGAUGUCUACUCCUCGCGAUGUGAUGAGUGAUGAGAUCAACAAUGAAGAGACAGAGUCCCCAUCUCAAGAAUUUGUAAACAUCACCAAAUACGAGUCUACACUGUAUUCACAGGAAUACUGCAAACCUGCUGUUACGUCACUCAAUGGAUUAUCUGAAGGAUCAAAAACAGAUGCCACAGAUGGGAAGGACUACAAUGCGUCAGCCUCCACCAUCUCACCACCGUCAUCCAUGGAGGAAGACAAAUUUAGCAAAUUUGCUCUGCGUGAUGCUUACUACUCCGAAGAGAAAGACCUGAAAGCCAGUGCCACAUUGACGAUCAAAGACACCAUCUCAGCAGUUUCCGAUGAAAAACUUAGUCCACCCAAGAGCCCAUCCCUGAGCCCAUCUCCUCCAUCACCCAUAGAAAAGACCCCCCUGGGUGAACGCAGUGUGAACUUUUCUCUGACGCCCAAUGAGAUUCAAGUCUCAGCAGAGGCAGAAGCAGCCCCAGCGUCUCCUGAGGUGACCCAAGAAGUAGUUGAAGAACAUUGCGCUAGUCCUGAGGAUAAGACCCUGGAAGUCGUGUCUCCAUCUCAGUCUGUAACUGGCAGCGCUGGCCACACACCUUACUACCAGUCUCCCACUGAAGAGAAAUCUGGUCACCUCCCCACAGAAGUAAUUGAAAAACCACCAGCAGUUCCAGUGAGUUUUGAAUUCAGUGAUGCCAAAGAUGAGAAUGAAAGGGCUUCCAUAAGCCCCAUGGAUGAACCCGUGCCUGACUCGGAAUCUCCUAUUGAAAAAGUUUUGUCUCCUUUACGGAGCCCUCCCCUAAUUGGAUCCGAGUCUGCAUAUGAAGGUUUUCUAAGUGCUGACGACAAGGCUGCUGGUAGAGGUGCUGAAAGCCCCUUUGAAGGAAAGAAUGGAAAACAAGUCUCUCCCGACGAAAUAAGUCCAGUUUCUGACAUAACUUCUGCUGGUCUUUUCCAAGACAAAGAGGAAGGGAAGAGCACAGACUUUAUACCAAUAAAGGAAGACUUUGGUCAAGAAAAGAAAACUGAUGAUGUCGAAGCCAUGAGUUCUCAAUCUGGACUGGCUUUAGAUGAAAGGAAGUUAGGAGGAGAUGUUUCUCCUACACAAAUAGAUGUCAGUCAGUUUGGAUCUUUUAAGGAAGACACUAAGAUGUCCAUUUCUGAAGGCACUGUCUCAGACAAGUCGGCUACUCCUGUUGAUGAGGGUGUAGCAGAAGACACAUACUCUCAUAUGGAGGGUGUGGCCUCAGUAUCCACAGCUUCCGUGGCUACAAGCUCAUUUCCAGAGCCAACAACAGAUGACGUGUCUCCUUCUCUGCACGCCGAAGUUGGCUCCCCACAUUCCACAGAAGUAGAUGAUUCCCUUUCAGUGUCUGUCGUGCAAACGCCUACUACUUUCCAGGAAACAGAAAUGUCUCCAUCUAAAGAAGAAUGUCCAAGACCAAUGUCAAUUUCUCCACCAGAUUUCUCCCCUAAAACAGCCAAAUCCAGGACACCAGUCCAAGAUCACAGAUCAGAACAGUCCUCAAUGUCUAUUGAAUUUGGCCAAGAAUCCCCUGAGCAUUCCCUUGCUAUGGACUUUAGUCGACAGUCUCCAGAUCACCCUACGGUGGGUGCAAGUAUGCUUCACAUCACUGAAAAUGGGCCCACUGAAGUGGAUUACAGUCCUUCUGACAUGCAGGACUCUAGUUUAUCACAUAAGAUACCACCAAUGGAGGAGCCAUCCUACACCCAAGAUAAUGAUCUUUCUGAGCUCAUCUCAGUGUCUCAGGUUGAGGCCUCCCCAUCCACCUCUUCAGCACAUACUCCCUCUCAGAUAGCGUCUCCUCUCCAAGAAGACACCCUAUCUGACGUCGUUCCUCCCAGAGAUAUAUCCUUAUAUGCCUCACUCACCUCAGAAAAAGUACAAAGUCUAGAAGGAGAGAAGCUCUCACCAAAAUCUGAUAUUUCUCCACUCACCCCAAGAGAGUCCUCUCCUUUAUAUUCACCUAGCUUUUCAGAUUCUACCUCGGCCGUCAAAGAGAACAUAGCAGUUUGGCACACUUCCUCCCCUCCAUCGUUGGAUGCAGCAUCCGCAGAGCCCUAUGGCUUCCGUGCCUCGAUGUUAUUUGAUACGAUGCAACACCAGCUGGCCUUGAACAGAGAUUUGACCUCCUCUGGUGUGGAGAAGGACAGUGGAGGGAAGACACCUGGUGACUUCAGCUAUGCCUAUCAAAAGCCCGAGAAAACAACCAUGUCCCCAGAUGAAGAAGGUUACGACUAUGAGUCUUAUGGGAAAACCACCCAGCCCCCAGACAUGAGCGGCUAUUACUAUGAGAAGACAGAGAGAACCACAAAAUCCCCGUGUGACAGCAGCUACUCUUAUGACACCGUUGAGAAAACCACCAAGACCCCUGAAGAUGGUGGCUAUGCCUAUGACAUUGCUGAGAAGACCACCCGGAGCCCUGAAGAGGGCGAGUACAGCUAUGAGACAAGUGAGAAGACGAUGCGGUCCCCUGAAGGGAGCGGUUACAGCUAUGAAAAGACUGAGCGGUCUAGAAGGCUCCUGGAUGACAUCAGCAAUGGCUAUGAUGACUCUGAAGAUGGCGGCCACACACUUGGGGAUUCCAGCUACUCUUACAAGACCACUGAGAAAAUUGCCAGUUUCCCUGAGUCUGAAAGUUUCUCCUAUGAGACACCUACAACAGCUACCCGAGCCCCUGAUGCUUCCACGUACUGUUAUGAGACGGCAGAGAAAAUUACCAGAACCCCCCAAGCAUCUACGUAUUCCUAUGAGACUUCAGACCAGUGCUACCCUGCAGAAAAGAAGUCCCCCUCAGAGGCUCGCCAGGAUGUGGACUUAUGCCUUGUGUCCUCCUGUGAAUACAAGCAUCCCAAGACGGAACUUUCGCCCUCCUUCAUUAAUCCCAAUCCUCUCGAGUGGUUUGCCAGCGAAGAGCCAAUUGAAGAAUCUGAGAAGCCCCUCACCCAAGCAGGGGGAGCCCCACCGCCUCCAGGAGGAAAGCCACAGGGGCGACAAUGUGACGAAACCCCUCCCACCUCAGUCAGCGAGUCAGCUCCAUCCCAGACAGAUUCUGAUGUCCCCCCGGAGACCGAAGAGUGCCCUUCCAUCACAGCUGAUGCAAAUAUCGACUCUGAAGAUGAAUCAGAAACCAUCCCCACAGACAAAACCGUCACAUACAAACACAUGGACCCACCUCCAGCUCCCAUGCAGGACCGCAGCCCUUCUCCACGCCACCCUGACGUGUCCAUGAUGGACCCGGAGGCCUUGGCCAUUGAGCAGAACCUGGGCAAAGCUCUGAAGAAAGACCUGAAAGAGAAGACCAAAACCAAAAAGCCAGGUACAAAGACCAAAUCGUCGUCACCUGUCAAAAAGGGUGAUGGGAAGUCGAAGCCCUCUGCAGCUUCACCAAAACCAGCGGGCUUGAAAGAAUCCUCAGAUAAGGUGUCCAGAGUGGCUUCUCCUAAGAAGAAGGAAUCUGUGGAAAAAGCAACAAAAACCACUACCACUCCUGAGGUCAAAGCUGCACGUGGGGAAGAGAAAGACAAGGACACCAAGAAUGCUGCCAACACUUCCACAUCCAAAUCGGUAAAGACUGCAGCUGCAGGACCAGGAAACACCAAGCCUUCCAAGCCCUCAGCUGUGCCUCCAGGCCCCCCUGUGUAUUUGGACCUGUGCUAUAUUCCCAAUCACAGCAAUAGUAAGAAUGUUGAUGUCGAAUUUUUCAAGAGAGUGAGGUCAUCCUACUACGUGGUGAGUGGGAAUGACCCUGCUGCUGAGGAGCCCAGCCGGGCUGUCCUGGAUGCCUUGUUGGAAGGGAAAGCCCAGUGGGGCAGCAACAUGCAGGUAACCCUGAUCCCUACUCAUGACUCAGAAGUGAUGAGGGAAUGGUACCAAGAGACCCACGAGAAACAACAAGACCUCAACAUCAUGGUUUUAGCAAGUAGCAGCACAGUGGUUAUGCAAGACGAAUCCUUCCCUGCAUGCAAGAUUGAACUGUAAAAACCAAGGCCAGCCACACCACAGGAUUUGAACUUUGUUUCCAGAAAUUCUUCAAUUUGAAACUACCUUUUCUAAAAAUAGGUCAAUUCGUCUAAAUAAGUCACUGAACUGUUACCUGCCAAAUGCUAUACUGUGUCACGGUGAUGCAAGUCACUAAUAUUUCUUAGUUUUUGCUGAUUGCUAAGGGAAGUAACAGUAUUCCCACAGUAGGGUUCAAGUUACUGCAAAAUUACCUAUCCCAGUUCAUCUCUGCUGAACAUUUGGAAACCAUGCACUAGCAAACCCAACUGACUUCUGCUAGGUAGAGGCAUUUGUCUUAGAGAGAGAGAGAGAGAGAAAGAAAGAGAGAGAGAGUGCGCGCGCACAAUGAGAGAGAACACAGGAGAGAGAGAAUGAGAAAGGAAAAGAAUGCAAGAGAAGGAGAGGUAAUGGUAGAGAGUGCUGGUGAGAUACCCAGAGAGAAAGAGACAGAGCAAGGUGGGGUAAGGAGGAGAGAAUAACCAGCACUUAGGGCUGCAUUUUCUCAGGCAGUCUACAUAGGCCAAGUUUUCAAUUUGUGUCAGUCUGAGUCAUCAAAAAGGGUCUUCAUUUUCUAAAACAAGUUAGCUGGAAGGAAACAAAAAGAACAAAACUUGUUACGAGGGCAUGUGAGAUUUUCACGCCUUAAUUAAGCUCCUUCAGUUUGAAGGCUGCACACUGACAUGAUGUAGUGAGCGCAGACUGGAUGAGCGAGUGGUUUGAACCCCAUUCCGAACUCUCAGACUCUUCAGACACACGAGUAGAUUGAUCUAAGGCAUGCUCCCAGCAUUUGUCCACCCAGUUAGUCCACUCGGAGUCACUUCACCUGCAUGCGGAAACACCCAAGUCCACCCCAAUUAACAAGCAAAUACCAAAGCGGUUGGGAGUACACACGGUAGACAAUUUGCCUUAGAAAGAGACUUGAAUGUACAAAGAUACUUGAUGCACUUAUUUUUUAAUGUGAGACCGCAAGUUUAUAAAACAUCUGUGUAGGAUUAUAGAUACUCCAGUUAAAGGAGCAAGUGUGUGCGCGUGUGGGAGGGGGACCUAGAAGCUGAUCUGAUGGGUGCAGCAGUUUGAUGCUGAGUCAUGUGUGUCGAAUACCACCUCAGUGCACCUGUGGCCCCUCAGCCGAACAAGUUGAGCCUAUCAUAGCUUCUCUACUACUGCAAGUUCCAAGAUCGAAAUGGCUUCUAUGAUCAGAACUGGGAGCACAGUGAAUCUUAUGGUGGAAGAGGUUCUCGACAAGUGUACAGUAUUUACCUUCCUUUGUCUUACAUUGGCUUUUUUCCUUUUUUUUUAAAUUUUCCAUUACUUUCAGCAUAAUUAUGGGAACAAGUGUACAGAAGAGUUUUUUUUGUUUUUGUUUUUGUUUUUAGAUAUGUGAGAACUUUUCAUAGAUGAACUUUUUAAAAAAUGUUUUUAUUUUUAGGAAAAUGUAAAAAAAAUUUUAAGUGACAGUUUUUU